GUUGUUGUUCUGCCAACAUGGCGGCGCCCGUGGUGACUGGCCGGCCCGUGUUCGCUUAAAGGUGGGAAUUGAGGCGUGAGGAGCCGCAGGCCAGAGCCUGUGAGCAGGGCCUUCCCACCUUCUGGAGAAUGGCUUCUGCUUGGCGGAGACUGGGUUUCUAUGUCUGUUUCCUGAAAAGCAAGCUAAAUGGUGGGCCAGAUAUCAUCAGCAGAGGAAGGAGAGUAAUCCCGGGAUGUGCCAGAGGUAUUUACAGUGCCACGGGGACGUGGACGAAAGAGUACACAUUGCAGACGAGGAAGGAUGUCGAGAAUUGGUGGCAUAAACGAAUAAAAGAAGAAACCUCCAAGAUAUCGGAAGCUGAUAAAUCAAAGCCCAAGUUUUACGUGCUUUCCAUGUUCCCUUACCCUUCCGGAAAGUUGCACAUGGGCCACGUGCGCGUAUACACCAUCAGCGACACCAUUGCACGGUUCCAGAAGAUGAGAGGGAUGCAGGUCAUCAACCCCAUGGGAUGGGAUGCGUUUGGACUGCCUGCCGAAAAUGCAGCAAUCGAGCGGAAUCUACAUCCAGAAAGUUGGACGCAAAGUAAUAUUAAACACAUGAGGAAGCAGCUUGAUCGGCUGGGCCUGUGCUUCAGCUGGGAUAGGGAAAUAACUACAUGUUUGCCAGAUUACUACAAGUGGACUCAGUACCUCUUUGUUAAACUCUAUGAGGCUGGACUGGCCUAUCAAAAGGAGGCCUUGGUCAACUGGGACCCAGUGGAUCAAACGGUGCUUGCCAACGAGCAGGUGGAUGAGCAUGGCUGUUCGUGGCGUUCUGGAGCAAAGGUGGAACGGAAGUACCUCAGACAGUGGUUUAUUAAGACAACUGCUUAUGCCAAGGCCAUGCAGGACGCGCUGGCAGACCUUCCAGAAUGGUAUGGAAUAAAAGGCAUGCAGGCCCACUGGAUCGGGGACUGUGUGGGCUGCCAUCUGGACUUCACAUUGAAGGUGGACGGGCACGUCACGGGAGAAAAGCUGACGGCCUACACGGCGACCCCCGAGGCCAUUUACGGCACCUCCCACGUCGCCAUCUCUCCCAGCCACAGACUCCUGCACGGGCACAGCUCUCUGAAGGAAACCUUUCGGAAGGCACUCGUCCCUGGCCAAGACUGCCUCACGCCCGUGACGGCCGUGAACAUGCUCACCCAGCGGGAGGCCCCUGUCGUUAUCUUGGCCAAAGCUGACUUUGAGGGCUCUCUGGAUUCCAAAAUAGGAAUUCCCAGCACCAGCCCAGAGGACGCCAGCUUAGCCCAAACCCUGGGCCUCCCCUACUCCGAAGUCAUCGAGACUUUGCCGGAUGGCACAGAGAGACUCCGCAGCUCUGCUGAGUUCACAGGCAUGAACCGGCAGGAUGCGUUUCUAGCCUUGACCCAGAAAGCCCGGAGGAAGAGAGUCGGUGGAGACGUGACGAGUGACAAACUGAAGGACUGGCUGGUCUCGCGACAGCGGUACUGGGGCACGCCCAUCCCCAUGGUCCACUGCCUGGCCUGCGGCCCCGUGCCGGUGCCUCUGCAGGAUUUGCCCGUGACCUUGCCCCACAUCACAGCUUUUACCGGCAAGGGAGGCUCCCCCCUGGCCACGGCUUCGGACUGGGUGAACUGCGCCUGCCCGAGGUGCAAGGGAGCCGCCACGAGAGAGACAGACACAAUGGAUACCUUUGUUGAUUCUGCUUGGUACUACUUUAGAUAUACCGACCCGCAGAAUGCUCGCAGCCCUUUUAACGCCGCCUUGGCAGAUUACUGGAUGCCUGUGGAUUUGUACAUCGGAGGGAAGGAACACGCUGUCAUGCACUUGUUCUACGCGAGAUUCUUCAGUCAUUUUUGCCAUGAUCAAAAAAUGGUCAAGCACAGAGAGCCUUUUCAUAAGCUGCUGGCCCAAGGCCUUAUCAAGGGGCAGACAUUCCGCCUGCCGUCUGGACAAUAUCUACAGAGAGAGGAAGUAGAUCUCACAGGGUCUGUUCCUGUUCACGCAAACACGAAGGAGGCGGUGGAGGUGACGUGGGAGAAGAUGAGCAAGUCCAAACACAACGGGGUGGACCCCCAGGAGGUCGUAGGGCGUUAUGGCAUCGACACCAUCCGGCUGUACAUCCUCUUCGCCGCCCCUCCCGAGAAGGAUAUCUUGUGGGAUGUGAAGUCUGACGCCCUCCCCGGGGUGCUGAGAUGGCAACAGCGUCUGUGGGCCUUGGUGACCCGCUUCAUCGAGGCCAGGGCUUCUGGGACACUUCCCCGGCCCCAAGUGCUGAGUAACGAGGAGAGAGCCGAGGGCAGGAAGCUCUGGGAGCACAAGAACUCGGUCAUCUCUGAGGUGACCGCCCAUUUCACAGAGGACUUCUCACUGAACUCGGCAAUCUCUCAGCUGAUGGGAUUCAGCAAUGCCCUCCUGCAAGCCUCGCAGAGAGUCGUUCUCCACAGCCCCGAGUUCGAGGACGCUGUGUGUGCCCUGACCGUGAUGGCUGCCCCGAUGGCCCCUCACAUCACCUCGGAGCUCUGGGCAGGCCUGCAACAGGUCCCCGGGAAGCUGUGUGCCCACUAUGCCUGGGACGCCGGCGUGCUGCUUCAGGCGUGGCCGACCGUGGACCCGCAGUUCCUUCAGCAGCCCGACGUCGUGGAGAUGGCCGUCCUGGUGAGUCUCUCCCGCAGCCCCAGAGUCUGGGAGUCUCCCGGCCCCGCGCGAGACCCACAGCCACUGCCUGGGCCUUUCCAGCCUACCCCGCCCUCAGCCUGACCGUCCCACCCGUCUUUGCUUUGCACACUUCAGUUUUGAGGUCACCGCAUACCAAAAGCUUGUGAGCAUAAAAUACUCAGGGCCCUCCAGGGAUUAGAAAGUGGAAAAUAGAACCCUGUCCUGCGUUACAGGUUCUGAUCGUCUUGUUCUCCAGCCGUGUUCCAGUCUCCUCUUCCGUCUGUUUCGUUCAGCUGCUCUUGGUUCAUUUAGGGAGGAGGGUGAGAGUGAGGAGGUGGGCAGAACAGGAGCACCUCACUGAAAAAUCUCUUUCAGAAAGGCUACAUCAAAUU